UGUGGUGUGACGGAGAGCAGUAGUCUGAGCGGUGUUCCUAUAGAGUCUUUGGUCGUCUCGAUAAUUGAAAGUAACAUUAUGGUGAGAGGCGUGGCGCGUUGCUGGCUGUGUGUGGGCGUGUUGGUGCUGAUGACGGUUGCGGUCAGCCAGGCAGAGACGAAGCAGAAGGCCACCAACCCCUGCAAGUACACCAAACAUCUCCCCACCAAGAAGAGGAAACUAUGUCAUGGGUUGGAGAUGCUGAGAGCGGCGUCGACCGGGGAGAAGAAAAUAGUGCAGGAGCUGUUGAAUCAGACUGAAACAACGUACCUGCUAGCCUACACGGAGAGGGAAGGGUGGCGCAGGGGAUUCACGGCGCUGUUGUUGGCCGCAGAGAACAACCAUACUGAGGUGGCCAAACUGCUGGUAGAUUAUGGCUCCGACGUCAACCACACCAGCAGCGCCAAGUUCACAGUUGUCUACCUGAUGGCGGAGAACGGCGCCCUGGACACACUCAAGCUCGUCCUUAACCUUUCUGCCGUAGCUGACGUCAAAACCAGCUUCGGGCUGUCGCCUCUGCUGAUUGGCGCGUGGAAUGGGUACUCGGGCGUGGUGAAAGCGUUGUUGGGGGUCGGCGCUAACCCUGAUGUGAAAACUCCAUUGACACUGUACUCGCCGCUGUACAUGGCGGCCAAGGCUGGUGACAAGACUAUGGCGAACUAUCUCCUGUCUGCCAGAGCUGACAUCAACGUCGUCACCUCCUGGGGGGUGACAGCACUGAUGACGGCGAUCGUGUGGGGUCAUGAGGAGGUGGCGAAGCUGCUGUUGGACAAGGGUGCUGACCCGAACCUUGCAGAGAAGGACGGGUUUACCGCGCUGCACAAAGCCGCCUACUACCGCCACCCCAACAUCGUCACCUUCCUGCUAGCCAAAAACGCUCGCCUCGACGCCACUGACAAUCUGGGCAUGACGCCCCUCCACUACUGCAUGGUACCGAGGGAAGAUGAGGUGGAGGCAGGACAGAAGGCGAUCAUCAAGAAGAAGGCGGAACUCAUUCGUCUGCUGCUGGAGAAGUGUCCCGACCCGACCAUAACCGAUGUCACAGGCAAAACAGCGCUGGACCUGGCUAAGAUGAGCAACUCAACCGAGCUCCAAACUCUCCUGGAAGGUUAUAACCGCAGCAACUGUAACUAGUUUACGUCCACACUGCAGACCAGAAGAGGUGAGAGAGCUGACUGUGUCGACCAUACUGAGAUUUCACCAGGAAUCUCUGAGCGACGCUUCAUUUCUUUACAUCAACUCUCACUGGGCCACAUGUUUGAAUUUUUUUUUGGGGGGGUGGGGUGGGGAGGGGUGAUAAGAUAGGGGGGGGCACAGACCAGGAGGCGUGUGUCCCACUGAAAGCUAAAUUUCAUCAAACAUUACGUAAGAACAUAAGAUAAAUGGAAUUGGCCCCUAUAAGGCAACUCCUGUUCACACCCAACCAUUAUCAUUCACAUAUUUGUCUAACUUACAUUUUGAAUUUGUUAUUUCUGAACAAAUAACUGUUGAAAGUGUUCACCUUGAAAUAGCCCAAAUUAGUUCACUCUGUGGUUCCUGUGUUAAAGAGGUUUACAAGGUUGCAUCUAAGUGGUGGUAUAUUGCCUUUUAAUACUACAAAGUGCCUCUUGACUGUGUCCCCCACCUGUCUCGCUCACCUUGUAAUGGCUCACUGUCAAGCUGUAGAUCCACCAGUGUGUAUAAAUGUGUAUACGUACCUGUUUAUAUACAAGCUGUAUUAUGUAAAAAGCUAAUGUUAAUGAUACCACUCCACAGAUGUUCCUCAAAAUAUUGGAAGGAAAAAUGACUUCAGAAUUACACAAUGACUCUAUUUACGGAUUCUGAAAUAUUUGUGCCUCAACUUUAUUACCCAGAAUUACGAAGACAAGAUGAAGGUUGUUUUUGUAGAAUAUCUGUGUAAUCUUGACGUCAUUUUUGAUGUCUUGUUCAUGUCUUAAUUAAAUGAGGCACUUAUGAGGGAAAUUCUGCAGAGGUUCAAAGACUGGAGAUGUGAAGGACGCGUCUCACUAGAUCACAUAACCUAUACAGUGCUCGUAAAGUGGUGGGUAAAAAUGGGUAUGAGUAAUGCGCUGAGACUACCGUAACGAAUUAAGAGGAAACACAGGUGGAUAAGGUUGACUCUCAUCGACAUGUUUAGUUUGUUGUCACAUCUCCAGCUGGGGGGAAUACUCUGUGUUCACACCUCUCAGUCUCUGGGAAUAAUAUAAUAAGGUAUUUUCUCUGCAACAGUUUAACUUGUAUGUUGUUAAUUGAAAUAAUGUAGGUUAAGGUCUCUUGUAUAUUGUGGUUUCUGUGUUAUUAUCGUAGAGCUGAAUUAAAAUAAUUAAAGUAUCUACUUAAAUAGCAGAGAAAGCAUUUAAGUAUUAAAGUAACCAUUUCAGUGUGUGAUAAAGUAGAUAUUUCAGGUAAAAAAAAAGCAUACAUUUAAAUGUAUAAAAGUAGGUAUUUUAAGGAGGGAAUAAAGUGUGUACAGUACUUUUAAGUAAUAAAGUUGCUACAGUACUUUUAAGUAAUAAUACAACCAUUUAAUUGAUAAAGAAUGCAUUCAUUUAAUUACAGUAAUAAGUUGGAAAUUUAAGUCACCAACAGUAUAUACGACCAGUAACUACCACCUGACGUUCGGUCCAAAUUCUUCUGAUAUUCGUAAGUUAAAUCCCUUCCCCUUCCCACCCCACCCCUCCCCUCCCGCGAUAUAAAGAGCCCAUCUUACACCAAGCCCCGACACUGAGAAAAUGUUCUGUAUCAAAAUUGCACUGUGAUACAUAAGCGUAUCUACUGUACAUGCUGUCUCUUUAUCCCCAUUGACAAUUACCACACAGAAGAUUCCCCCAGUUAGUUUAACAAGUUAUGGAUGCAACGUUUUAUUCAGUAUUAUUUCAAUUAGAAUACAAACUAGAAAUGACAGUAAGUUAUCAGGUUUUAGACUGAGAAGAAAAACUAGGGAAGGUGUCUCUGGUCUGACAGCUUAAGUGAAGAGGUUUAUAUGUUCAAAGAAAUUCGGAUCUCGUGAAGAUUAGAAACCCAGCUUAUUUCACCUCAUGAUUAAACACCCUAAUGGUAAUGAAAUAAGCAGAGGUUUCUUAUUUACCUAAUGGCCACCCACUAGAGUUGACCAUACCACAGAAAAAAGGCCCAGCCAGUGGCCUGUGUUCUUGAAAAUUAUACAAGGGCUAUUUUGAAGACCGGUACUGUACUGUUCGUGUUCACAGCUGGGCUGGGAGACCGUUCCACACGUCUCCCACCUUCAGGAGAUCCCAAAUUUGUAUAUCAUGUGUGCAUUAGGAAAAUCAACUUGUAUCUAUUAGUAAGAACAAUGUAUCUCUUGAUAAGAAUUCUAUAUCUGUCAACAAGAAA